AUGGAUUUCCCGCGCGCCGCCACUGCUUGCUGCGUCUUCUUCGUCCUCCUGGGCGCCGGCGCAGCCUUCACGCAGCAGGACUUGAAGGAGGCGCUGCUGCGCGAACUGGGCCUGGACGAGGUUCCCGUGGUCCACAGGCGCGACCUGGACAACGCGGUGGUUCCGGCCCACGUCCGCAACAAGUACCUGUCCAUGCUGAAGGCGCACCACAGCAGGAGGCGCCGCGCUCUGCCCAGCCUGGCGGGGAUUCUCAGAGGGAUUCCCGGCAACGCCGACAUUUCCGGCGAGUACGUGUACUCCGACACCACCCGGAAUCGGAUGGUGUUCGACAUGGAGUCGAGGAUCCCCGACAACAGCGAGGUGACCAUGGCCGAGCUCAAGCUCUACCAGCGGGCGUCGCACCACAAGCGCCUCGCCGUGGACAAGAGGAGCCACCGGCCGGCGAGCAACGCCCGCGUCAGCGUCUACUGGGUCCAGGAGCUGCCCGACGGCACCAACCGGACCUCGCUGGUGGACUCCAGGUUGGUUCCCAUUCACGAAACGGGCUGGAAGAGCUUCGACGUGACCCAGGCCGUCCACUACUGGUCCAAAGGCCUGCAGAAGACGCCCAUGCACUUGGAGGUGUGGAUCGAGGGCGAGAGACCCGGCAGCUACGCGGCGGAAGCGGCCAAGAGUGUCCGCUUUACCACCCAGGAGCAGACGGACAACACCCUGGGGAAGCCAGAACUCCUCCUUUACACUCUCAGCCUGGAAGACUACGGCUCCCAAGGCGACUGCGACGUGCGCCAGACCAAAGACACGUGCUGCAGGGAGCAGCACUUCAUCGACUUCCGCGCCCUCACCUGGACGCAGUACUGGAUCAUCGAGCCGGCGGGCUACCAGGCCUUCAGGUGUGUCGGAGGCUGCCGGCAGCCCAAGCGCAACUACGGUUACGGCGAGAGGCGGUGCACGGUGUCCGAGAGCGCCCCGCUGCCCAUCAUGUACCUGGUGAAGAAGGGCGACUACACGGAGAUCGAGGUCGCCGAGUUCCCCAACAUGAUCACCGAACGCUGCGCCUGCACCAUGGACAACGUUUCUAUCGUGUGACGUCACACACCAACACAUCGCUCGUAUUCUUCGUAAAGACGCACUGGACAUGCGCAAGUGUAGGGACAGGUGAUUGACUUUUGAGACAGCGCCCUCUGCUGGAUUUAAAGCUGCAGCACUCUUUUUUUUUUUUUUUUUUAAACGCCAUCAACGUGGUUACAUUUCAUGGCGUAUAAACAAGUACUUCUUAUUUAAACACACAACAUCUCAU